ACGUGUUGGAUUCAAGAACCGCCCUGACACGUCAGCGGUCACACGCGGUUGAGGAGCAUCGACAGACACAACAGAGGACCAGUGCGGAGGUUUGUUGACGGUCUCAGCCCGCGGCUCUGCCCUGCAUUUUUGGCCGGUGAAAGUCUAACUGCCCCCGGGGUCGCCUGGGGCAGGUUCUCGUGUCCUUCUGCCCCGCUGGAGGAACGUUUGUGGCGCUUUAGUGGAAGUUGAAUCAAGGCAAACGGCGGCAGCUGCUGCAGCGCUCUGCAGCCUGGACGGUCCGCUCACUGAGGACUCUGCUAGUCUCUUUAGGUCGGCAUCAUGACGGGCGACUCGAUAGUGUUUAGGGGUCUAAAUUGGGUGAAGCAGGCGGUCAGCAGAAUCCCGCCGGGCGGCUUGAGCUGCGCCGGGAAACGCAGGCUGGUCAACUUCCAUCACGGCGCCAGAUCAGCAAGGGAGAUGUUCAACAGACCAAAGGACGUCUGCGUCCACAGAGCGACUGUGGCACGCUUUCACAGAUACUCAGCUGUGGGAGCUUGUUUCGGUGCCUGCUUUACUAAAAGCGCAAAUGAGCGUCAGGGGAUCUGCAGCGGAGGAUCUGUUACUAGAAGCCUGAAGUGUUACAGAGACUGGUCAGGUCACCUUUUCUCUAGGCAUGCAAGGUUUUUUCACCAGGGCAACUCCACAUUAGGGCGGCUGACACCGGAGGACAUCGAUAAAGCGAGGAACGCCAAGAAAAACGAAAUGAAGCAACAUAAACAAGCGCUGAGUGAAAAAGCCAGAGAGAGGAAGGUGCCGGUCACACGGAUAGGACGGCUGAUGAAUUUUGGAGGUCUGGCAGUUGGACUGGGGAUCGGAGCAAUGGCAGAAAUCGCCAAGAAGAAUUUCCUAAGCAAAGAAAAAGGUGAUAAAAAGGCCGUACUGGAUUCUAACGCCUUCCUCUCCGAGGCCAAUGCUGAAAGAAUCGUCCGGACGCUUUGCAAAGUCCGAGGUGCUGCUUUAAAACUCGGGCAGAUGCUCAGUAUUCAAGAUGACGCCUUUAUCAACCCUCAGCUGGCUAAAGUCUUUGAGCGAGUUCGACAGAGUGCAGACUUCAUGCCCACCAAGCAGAUGAUGAAAGUCGUCACCAGUGAUCUCGGCCCAAACUGGAGGGACAAACUGGAGUAUUUUGAGGAGAAGCCAUUUGCAGCGGCGUCCAUCGGUCAGGUUCAUUUAGCCAGACUGAAGGAUGGAAGAGAGGUGGCCAUGAAGAUCCAGUACCCUGGAGUCGCCAAGAGUAUCGACAGUGACGUGAAUAAUAUCAUGACCGUUAUGAGUUUAAGCAACGCGCUGCCUGAAGGUCUGUUUCUUGACCAUCUUGUUGAGGUCAUGAGUCGUGAAUUAACGCUGGAGUGCGAUUACAUAAGAGAGGCAAACUGUGCCAAAAAAUUCCAAGAGCUGCUGAAGGAUCAUCCCUUCUUCAAUGUUCCCGACGUGAUUGACGAGCUGAGCAACCGUCGCGUCCUCACCGCCACGCUGGUGCACGGUUUCCCCCUGGAUCGGGCCACUGACCUGCCUGAGGAGGUCAGGAAUGAGAUUUGUGAGCAGAUCUUGAUUUUAUGCCUGAGGGAGCUGUUUGAGUUCAGAUACAUGCAGACUGAUCCCAACUGGUCCAACUUCUUCUUCGAUCCACAAAACCAUAAGGUUGCGUUGUUGGAUUUCGGAGCAACACGAGGAUUCGACAAGAGCUUCACUGACGCCUACAUCGAGAUUAUUAAGGAAGCUGCAGAUCGGAACAGUGAAGGCGUCCUGCAGAGAUCCAGAGAUAUGAAGUUCCUCACAGGAUACGAGUCAAAGACGAUGGAGAACGCCCACGUGGACGCCGUCAUGAUCCUGGGUGAAGCCUUCUCCUCCUCCGAGCCGUUCGACUUCGGAUCUCAGAGCACCACGGAGCGAAUCCACAGACUGAUCCCGGUGAUGCUGAAGGAGCGCCUGACGCCUCCGCCUGAGGAAACCUACUCUCUGCACAGGAAGAUGGGCGGCUCCUUCCUCAUCUGCUCCAAACUAAAAGCCAAAAUCGCCUGCAAGAACAUGUUCCAGGAGGCGUACGAGAGCUACUGGAGGGACGGACGGCCUCGGUCUGCUCGCUGAAGACAGACGAAAAUGUUCACAGCAGGAUUUUCUCGGAGUGUUUGUGGUUGUUGGACAGUUUAACUCGUACAUUCUGAUCUGACAAGAUGUUUCUGGGAAGCCUCGGCCAGAAGAUGUCCUCAAGUACCUCCGUCCAGACUGACUGUAGCUUCCAGAAGUAAUGUGUGAUUGUUCAUAUUUGUAUGUUUGUUAGAAUUAACUUUUUGUAUCACCUCAUUUGUGCCUGGACGGCGUGAGGACGCGUUCCUCCGUCCGACCGGGUUGUCAGUUGAAAUAAAUUGACACAGAUGCUGCAAAA